AUGGCCCCGGCGCGGGGGGCGCCGCCGCCCUCUCCGCUCUGGGCCGUCACCGCCGUGGCCGCCGCCUGCGUGGCCUCCGCCCGCGGAGAAGUGAACCUGUUGGACACGGCCACUAUCCCUGGAGACUGGGGCUGGCUCACGUAUCCUGCCCACGGGUGGGACUCCAUCAAUGAGAUGGACGAAUUCUUCAGCCCCAUCCACACCUACCAGGUCUGCAACGUCAUGAGCCCCAACCAGAACAACUGGUUGCGGACCAACUGGGUGCCCCGGGAUGGGGCCAGGAGGGUGUAUGCGGAGGUCAAGUUCACUCUGAGAGACUGCAACAGCAUGCCAGGAGUCCUGGGCACCUGCAAGGAGACCUUCAACCUCUACUACCUGGAGUCCGACAGGGACCUGGGCGCCAGCACCCAGGAGCGCCAGUUCGUCAAGAUCGACACCAUCGCGGCCGACGAGAGCUUCACGGGCGCCGACCUGGGCACCCGGCGCCUCAAGCUGAACACGGAGGUGCGGGGGGUAGGGCCUCUGAGCAAGCGGGGCUUCUACUUGGCCUUCCAAGACAUCGGGGCCUGCCUCGCCAUCCUGUCCCUCCGCGUUUACUACAAGAAGUGCCCCGCCACGGUGCGCAACCUGGCGGCCUUCUCGGAGGCGGUGACGGGCGCCGACUCGUCCUCCCUUGUGGAGGUGCGGGGCGAGUGUGUCCGGCACUCGGAAGAGAGGGACACGCCGAAGAUGUACUGCAGUGCCGAGGGCGAGUGGUUGGUGCCCAUCGGCAAGUGCGUCUGCGGGGCCGGAUACCAGGAGCACCGGGAUGCCUGUGUUGCCUGUGAGCAGGGAUUCUACAAGUCUGCUCCUGGGGACCAGCUGUGUGCCAGAUGCCCCCUACAUAGCCACUCGCCAGCGCUAGCGGCCCGAGCCUGCCCCUGUGACUCCGGUUAUUUCCGAGCCGCCCGGGACCCCCCAUCCUCAGACUGCACGCGGCCUCCCUCUGCCCCCGUUAACCUCAUCUCCAGUGUGAAUGGGACCUCGGUGACCCUAGAGUGGAGCCCUCCUCUGGACCGGGGGGGCCGCAGCGACGUCAUGUACAACGUGAUCUGCCGGCGGUGCGCCUGGGCCCUGGCCCCAUGUGAGGCCUGCGGGGGCAACACCCGCUUCCUGCCCCAACAGACCAGCCUGGUACAGGCCUCUCUGACCGUGACCAACCUGCUGGCCCACAUGAACUAUUCCUUCCGGGUCGAGGCCAUCAACGGGGUGUCUGACCUGAGCCUGGAGCCGCGCCACGCCACCUCGGUCAACGUCACCACGAACCAGGCGGCCCCGUCCCAGGUGGUGGUGCUCCGCCAGGAGAGGACCGGCCAGAACAGCGUGACCCUGCUGUGGCAAGAGCCCGAGAGGCCCAACGGCAUCAUCCUGGAGUAUGAGAUCAAGUACUACGAGAAGGACAAGGAGAUGCAGAGCUACUCCACCCUCAAGGCCAAGACCACCAGCGCCACGGUCGCCGGCCUGAAGCCGGCCACGCACUACGUGUUUCAGGUGCGGGCCCGCACGUCUGCCGGCUGUGGGCGGUUCAGCCAGACGGUGGAGGUGCAGACCGGGAAGCCCACGGGACUGCGCUACGACACCCGCACCAUCGUCUGGAUCUGCCUGACCCUCAUCACCGGCCUCGUCCUCCUGCUGCUGCUGCUCAUCUGUAAGAAGAGGCACUGUGGCUACAGCAAAGCCUUCCAGGACCCUGAUGAGGAGAAGAUGCACUAUCAGCAGAACGGCCAGGGCCCUCCCCCGGCCCUCCUCCCUCUGCACGCCCCCCCAGGGAAGUGCUCGGAGCCCCAGUUCUACACGGACCCCCACACCUACGAGGACCCAAGCCGAACUCGCUGUGGUGUCACCCGGGAGAUCGAGGCCUCCAUGAUCCGGAUCGAGAGAAUCAUUGGCUCCGGAGAGUCUGGAGAGGUCUGCUACGGCUGGCUCCAGCUGCCCGGCAGGCGGGAGGUGCCCGUGGCCAUCAAGGCCCUGAAGGCCGGCUACUCUGAACGGCAGCGCCGAGACUUCCUGAGCGAAGCCUCCAUCAUGGGCCGCUUCGACCACCCCAACAUCAUACGGCUGGAGGGCGUUGUCACCCGCAGCCGCCUGGCCAUGAUUGUGACCGAGUACAUGGAAAAUGGCUCCUUGGAUGCCUUCCUGCGCACCCGUGAUGGACAGUUCACCGUGGUGCAGCUGGCGUGCAUGCUGAGGGGCGUGGCUGCCGGCAUGCGCUACCUCUCCGACCUGGGCUACGUGCACCGGGAUCUGGCCGCCCGCAACGUCCUGGUCAAUGGCAACCUGGUCUGCAAAGUGUCCGACUUCGGCCUCGCGCGGGUCCUGGAGGACGACCCCGACGCCGCCUACACCACCUCGGGCGGGAAGAUCCCCAUCCGCUGGACGGCCCCCGAGGCCAUCGCCUUCCGCAAAUUCUCCUCGGCCAGCGACGUCUGGAGCUUCGGCGUGGUCAUGUGGGAGGUGCUGGCCUACGGCGAGCGGCCCUAUUGGAACAUGAACAACAGGGAUGUCAUCAACUCGGUGGAGGAGGGGUACCGGCUGCCAGCCCCCAUGGGCUGCCCCAAGGCACUGCACCAGCUGAUGCUGGACUGCUGGCACAAGGACCGGAGCCAGCGCCCCCGCUUCCAGCACAUCAUCGGUGUCCUCGACCAACUCAUCCGCAGCCCCGAGAACCUCAGGGUCACCGCCACGGUCAACCGGUGCCCCCCGCCGGCCCUUGCCCGCAGCUGCUUUGACCUGCGCAGCGGCGUGACGGUGGACGAUUGGCUGGACUCCAUCCGCAUGGGCCGCUACCGAGAGCACUUCGCGGUGGCCGGAUACUCUUCCCUGGCCAUGGUCCUACAGAUGACCGCCGAGGAUGUCCGUGGCCUGGGGAUCACCCUCCUGGGACACCAGAAGAAGAUCCUGAGCAGCGUCCAGACCCUGAGAACUCAGCUGCCCAGCACUAACGGCCCACGCAGACAUCUCUAGCCAGCGGCCCCCGACCCCCACCAAGCCCCAUCUGCUACUCCGGACCGGGCCGAACCUGAAACGGAGCCGGACCCCAGAGCUGCCUCUCCUGGGUCCCUCUGGGGCAGUUGCCCACAGCAGGGCCGGGGAGGGUCAGGGUCAUCCCCCAAGGGGGAACAACCUGGGGGGGUCCUCCAGCCUUGGACCAAAGCGGUGCCGGCCCUCAGAGCCAUCCUGGCCGGUGUCAUGGACCAAGUGAGGCCCUGGCCUAGGCAUUUGCUGGGGAAGCCCGGGCUAUCACCGGAGACCGCUGGGUGGCCCUGGAUCCGGCUCAUCUCACUCACUCACUGCCACCCCCUCCAGCCCCUCCCCGUGGCUGGGGUGAGAGUGCAGCGGCGCAGGAUCUGGGGCUUCCUCAGGAACGGCUCACAGUCUGCACAGAUGACCAGCCUAUGGCCACCCAUGUGUAUAUGUAUGUGUGUGUGUGUGCGCGCGUGUGCGUGUACCUGCAUAUGGCAUUCAGACGUAUGUGUGCUAGAGGGGGCUGUUGUGUGAAUUGUGUGCAUGUGUGCUAGAGGGGGCUGUAAGUGUGAAUUGUGCACAUGCACACUCCUGUGCACUCGAGUGAGUGAAUAUGCAUGUGUGUGCAUUUACGCGCAUGUGUGCCCUUGUACUUGGGAGAAGAUGGCCCUUAGUCUGAGCAGGUGUCUGCCAUGUAUGUUUACAUGCAUGAACAUGUGUGCCAUUGACCUGGCCAUGUACAUCUGCUUGAAUGUGGGGCUCUGUGUGUGUGUGUGUGUGUGUGUGUGUGUGUGUGCAUGUGCGCGGGCCUGGGUGUUGUCCCACAGGGUUUGACUGUGAGGAGAACCGCUGCUGCUGCCCCCUCCACCGCAGAGCUGAGGAGCCAGUCAAAGUAGGGGUUGCAUUUCCGAAAUUCACCAGCACCAACCCCCUCUGAUCCCUGCCCUGGGUUGCUGCCAGGGGUCCAGGGAGCCCCAACCUCAGGUUAGCUCACUGCAGUGGGCCAGGCCAAAAGGAAGAGAGAAGUGGGGGAGGAGGAGGAAGAGGAGACGGGCAACAGCGCUCCUGCCCCCCACUUCCCGGGCAGGGCCGGGUGGGCCCAGGGAUCUGGGGCCAAGGCGCCUUCACCCAGCCCAGCUGCCUGCCAUGCCUUCCACUCCCAGGACUCCAUCAUAAGACUUGAACGGGCCAACAGGGUAAUUAGCAUCAACGUUCUGGACAUCCUCAUCUUCUUCCUCGCCGUAGCUCUUGGACAGAAAUGGCAUCGGGGUAAUAGUGGGGCUCCCUCGGCCGGCACCCUCUCCCUCUGGCUGGGGUCCGGAUGGGCACCCCUUCUUAUGCACCAGCCCCGAAUUUGGCCUUCACUCUCCCGGGAGCCGGGCCCUGAAGGCGGACCGGUUCCGCAGGAGCCGGGCUCUGCCGUUGAAGCAGCUGUGCCGCUAGGCCUCAGAGGCCGCUCCCAAACAGGGCCGGAUGAAAGCAGAGCCAAGGUGGGUUCUUUCUGUCAUCGCCAGGGCUCUGGGAGGGGCCCGGUGCAACCCCAGCCCCAGCCCGGGGUGACACAGCAGGCAGGAUGGGGGCAGAGCUGGCCCCUGUCUCCAAACUCGGCCCUUCCCAGCCUGGUUCCUGCUGGGUCUUUUCUACCCCGUUUGAGAGUAUUUUACGGAUUCCUGACUUUAGACAAUGCAAAAAUGGUCUUCAAAGCACAGAAAUGUCCCCAAGGGAGGAAAACUUUCCAAGGGCACAUUUAGCAGGUGUGUAUGUUGGGGUGGGGGAUGUCUGUGUGGGGGUCCCAGCUCUUCUGUAAUCAGGCGCCCUGUCCCUGCACCCCAUCCCUCAGCCUGGAGGUUAGCUGGGGACUGGGCUGGCUGAGGUCAGGGUGGUGGACAGACUCUCUCCUCCAUCCAGCAGAGGGUCCACAACGUCUCACCAGCAUCGGGUAACAGGGGGCGGGCAGGGGACAGGGUGGGGGGUGGGGUUCAAGCCAAUUUUCCCGACUGCAAUAAUUCUGGCUCAACUCACCCCUUAAAUCAUUGUGCUUUAGUUUUCUACACCUCUCUCUCUCUCCCCUCCCCGCUCCCCACCCAUCUCUAUAUAUUAUAUUACUAUGUACCCACACUGCUCUUCCUUCCUAUGGAAGUUGGAAACCAGGACCAGGCUCUCCCUGUGGCUGUGAAAGACACUCCCCUGGCUGCUUCCUCUAUCCCAGCCCCGGUCCAGCUAAAGGGCGUCAAACUUCAGUUAAGCAGUGGCCAAGAACGGUCAGCGGUGGUGGCUUGUUGUGGGUGUUUAGAGAGCACUGCAGCUCCGGGGGCCCUGGGGGAGGAGCCAAGGUCUCCCCCUUCCCCUUCGCCAAGUUCCUGGUCUGCACCUUUCCCAGGACAAUAAAAUCUGUCUCCCUCUUC